GCAGCCGUGGAAAACCACCAUUAGACCACCUGGACCCGCUGAGCUAUGAAGAUCUCCCUGGUAGGCUUCUGCAUCAUCACGCUGGUGCUGCUGGUGUGCUGCUUUGCCGUGGAAACAGAAGCCAAAGCAGCGAAGAAGUGUAAGCCCCCUGCUAGGUACAGCCUGAAGCUUAAGAAAUGCGUUGCAAGACCCGUUAGGAAGAAGAAGACCACUUCCGCAACAGGAGCCACAACAGCAGCAGCGGCAACAACGGCAGCUGCAGCGUAGAAUGUGCACUUAAUUGUCCUGCAUUUAUGAAUAAAUGGGAAGAGCAUGAGCACAUUCCAA